AUGUUAAAAAACAGAAUGGAUGAGUUUCUAGGAUCGUGGAAAUUGGAGUCGAAUGAUGGCUUGAAUGAACUACUACUUCGUUUGGGAGCAGGCUACAUCAGUCGGAAGACGUUGAACGCCUCCAAACCUCUGCUAACCUUCAGUCGUGAACUCGCGCCCGGAGAUUCUCGAGAGGGCGAGUGGUUCUCGCUCAAAACGACCUCCACACUCAAAUCCUCCACCUGCGUUUUCCGCAUCGGUUAUACGUUUGAUGAGACUACUAUGGACGGACGAAGUGUGCGCUCCGUGUUCAUCGUGGACGGACAGACACUAAAACAGGAACAGGCAGGAACAAAGACCACGUACAUUACAUAUACAAGGGAGGGAGACAUGCUGAAGACGGUGAGUUAG